AUGCCUCCACCCACCACCAUCACCGGCGGCUGCCUCUGCGGCGCCAUCCGCUACGAACUCAACCUCGGCGGCCCAUCCGGCUGGCCCCCCAAGACCCACACAUGCCAAUGCACCCAAUGCCGCAAACGCAGCGGCGCCCUCCUAACCGCCUGGAUCGACACCGCCCCCUCCCGCCUCCUCUGGUCCUCCCCCGCCGUGCCGGCAAAAACCGCCUCGCCGGCCGACCUGCCCGCCUUCGCCGAGUACUCCGCCAGCCCGGGCCGCCACCGGGGGUUCUGCGCGACGUGCGGGUCGCCGCUGACGUGGCGGAGCGAGGGGAGCGCGGGGGAACUGGAGGUCGCGACGGGGAGCGUGGACGGGGAGGUGUUGGGGGGGGAGGCGGGGGCGGCGCUGGGGAGGGCGAGCGCGGGGCAUUAUUGGUGCGGGAAUCGGAUCGAGGGGGUGACGGAUUUGGAGGCCGGGAGGAGGUUUGAGGCGGGGGAGGGGAGUGGGGAGGUUGGUGGCGGUGGGCGGGGGUGA